AUGAUUGAAACAAUGGACACGCAGCGUGCCUUGCAGGCAGUGGAGCGACUCCAGGCCAAGCUGAAGGAGCGAGGAGAGGUGCCCACCGAAGAGAAGCUCAGCCUGCUCAAGUCGGUGCUCCAGAGCCCUCUCUUCCACCAAAUCUUGGCCUUGCAGAAGACCGUGCAGCAGCUUAAAGACCAGGUGAAUGCUCCAGUUGCAGGGGUUGGAGAUCACGCGGCGGUAGCGCAACACAACGGCAGCCGUGCGGCGCUUUCGGACAGUAGCAAUGGCAAAGCACCAAGUGAUCAGUUGGACCAGAUUCUUCAGACGAUGGCACAGGGGCGCUACGUGGCGCACGUGGAUUUGCAGAAGCCGGCCUCGGGGGGUCUGGGAUUCAGCGUGGUGGGCCUGAAGAGUGAGAACCGCGGGGAACUGGGCAUUUUCAUCCAGGAGAUCCAAGUGGGAAGUGUGGCUUACAGCGAUGGCAAACUGAAGGAAGCGGACCAGAUUUUGGCCAUUAACGACCAGCCCCUGGACCAGACGGUGACCCACCAGCAAGCGAUCGGAAUCCUGCAGAGAGCAUCCGAGAGGGUGCGUCUCACCGUAGCCCGGGGACCCAUACCUCAGCUGGUAAGUGCCGCCUGGCAGCACGUCGAGACUAUUGAGCUGGUUAACGAUGGCACAGGCCUUGGCUUCGGUAUCGUUGGAGGGAAGACGACCGGUGUUAUUGUGAAAACCAUCCUUCCUGGAGGCAUUGCCGACCAGGACGGCCGCCUGAGAAGCGGCGACCACAUCCUAAGAAUCGGAGACACCGACCUGUACGGGAUGGGCAGCGAGCAAGUGGCGCAGGUGCUGCGACAGUGCGGCAAUCGGGUGAAGCUGGUCAUCACCCGGGGCCACGUGGACGAGAACCCCUCCGUCUCCACUUCCGCGCCGGCGUCGCUCCCGGCGGACAAGGUCACUUGAAACGCAGCCGAUGAGAAAGAAGACGACGACGACGACGCGUUUGACGUUAGCCUGAUCAAGAACACCCAGGGUUUGGGGAUCACAAUCGCCGGUUAUGUCGGCGAUAAAAAUUCAGAGCCCUCUGGAAUUUUUGUCAAGAGCAUCACAAAAGAUAGCGCUGUAGAUCAAGACGGUCGUAUUCACGUGGGGGACCAGAUAGUGGCUGUGGACGGAGUGGACAUCCAGGGGUACACCAACCAACAGGCCGUGGAAAUCCUCCGACACACGGGCCAGGCCGUCCACCUGAAGCUGAUCCGCAGAGGAUUCCGGCCCGAUGAGAUCACCCCCGUCGUGACCAUCCUGCCGCCGUCUGCUGCCGUCCUCACUGACCUGGACACGGAGGGACAGACAAAAACAGAGCAAGCGAUACAGUAGAUUGCUUUUGUCUGCUCAGAUGAAAAGCAGCCACAGGCACCGAAUGACGGAGCUGGCUUCACAUCGCUCGUAGAUCAGUUGACACAAGACAAAUACGGGGCAUUGUCGACACCGUUCAAGGAAGAGGAGCUCGUGAAAAAGUGGCAAGAGAUCCUUGGCGCCAAUAAUGAAGUUGUGGUGGCUCAAGUGGAGAAAUUCAGCGAAAGUAGCGGACUGGGGAUCAGUCUGGAAGCCAACAGCGGGCAUCACUACAUCCGUUCGGUGCUGCCCGAAGGACCCGUCGGCCGUUGCGGCAAACUAUUCAGCGGGGAUGAGCUCGUCGAGGUCAACGGGAUAUCCCUGAUCGGCGAGAGCCACAAAGAAGUGGUCCGGAUCUUGAAGGAGCUGCCCGUUUGCGUGUACAUGACGUGCUGCAGACCCGCCCCACACCAGCAGGCGGACACUGACGAAUCAAAAACACAAGUGGAUGCUUCAGCUGGCAGAUCGCAGUUAAAGCAAACGGAAUCACGUGACGCGGAAGUGGCGGAGGCGGCGAAUGAUGCCACACAGGAGGCGACGGGUUCUCCCUUGGCCAUGUGGGAGCUCGAAGUCCAGAAUAUUGAGCUGGAGAAGGGCGCGGGAGGAUUGGGAUUCAGCAUCCUGGACUAUCAGGAUCCUCUGGACCCCGCCAAGACGGUCAUCGUAAUCCGCUCCCUGGUUCCCGACGGCGUGGCCGAGCGGGACGGACGACUGCUGCCGGGGGACCGGCUGAUGUUCGUCAACGACACCGACCUGGAGAGCGCCAGUCUGGAAGAUGCCGUCCAAGCUCUCAAGGGGGCCGAACUGGGGAUUGUGCAGAUUGGCGUGGCUAAACCCCUUCCGGUGGACACCAGCGAAGUGGACGAAAAGAUACUUGAGCGCUCUUACUACAGCGAAGAAGACACAUUCCAGGCGUCGAUGAUUGCGCUUGAUGGAAGUGGCUCGGACCUGGAUUUCUUAAACACCGAGACUUCAAGUUACCUCAACUUCGGACCCGUUUCCGCGACGGCGCAAUUCGGCGCUUCUGAUGAAGACCUUGCCGCCUCGGUUGGAACGUCAGAGGGCGGCGAGUCUUACGGCUUCUUUAAUGACCUCCGGAUCGCGCCCGAAAUCCAGCCCGAGCUAACGGAAUCUGUUCAGUGUUACGCGAAAGAGCCCUCCGUGGAUUUCGCGGAUGGACCGAUCGAGGACGAGGCGGUCGAUUCAAAGGCGGACGACGGCGACCGAGCGAUUUCGGCCGGCGACUUUGAACGGACCAUUACGGUGGUCAAGGGCAACUCCAGUCUAGGGAUGACGGUGUGCGCCAUGAAAGACGGUCUGGGGAUGCUGAUCCGAAGCAUCAUCCACGGCGGCUCCAUCAGUCGUGACGGGCGCCUGGGAGUGGGCGACCUCAUCCUGGCUAUUAACGGGGAGCCCACUGUCAAACUCAGCAACGCACAGGCACGCGCCAUGCUGCGCAGGCACGCUCUCGUCGGACCAGACAUGGGAUCUGCUUGCUCAGCCGAGGAUGAUCUUUGCCCAUUUUAUGUCAUGACGUACGUCCCGGCAGAAUAUCUCGAGGAGUACAAGAGCAGCCUGGAGCGGGGCGACAUAGACCAAGUUUUCUCCAAAUCGACUGCAAAGGAUAUUCCCAACCUUCCGGAGCGGGAAGAUGGGGAGGGAGAGGAAAGUGUUUCUUAUAGCAACUGGAACCAACCAAGACUAGUGGAGCUCUUCAGACAGCCCGGCAAGUCCCUUGGCAUCAGCAUCGUAGGGGGGCGCGGGAUGGGCAGUCGGCUGAGUAACGGCGAGGUGAUGCGGGGCAUUUUUAUCAAGCACAUCCUGGACGAUAGCCCUGCCGGACACAAUGGCACCCUAAAAACCGGGGACAGGAUUGUAGAGGUGGAUGGUGUGGAUCUAAGAGACGCCAGUCAUGAGGAAGCAGUGGAGGCCAUUCGCAGGGCGGGAAAUCCAGUGACCUUCCUGGUGCAGAGUAUCAUCCAGAAAACCAGGUCGUCGACAAGUGCCGAGUCCGCGGAGGAGAACGUGACGUCCCUACCGAGAGAAAAGGAGGACAAGGAGGGUGACAGUCACAGUAGACUUGUCCUCCGCCUCUCCCCAACUAACCCUUUCACUCCUACCCCGUUUAAGCCGAAGAGACCAGAUGCCGCAAAAGCGACGCCCGCCAGCGUUGCUCUUGAGUUGCCGGUGGUGACCCACACGGGAGAGAGCGACACGGACACUCUGACGGAGACUCCGGCUCGGUUCCAGGAGACCGACGUAGGGAGCGGGGAGAAGGGUGAGGAGUUUCGACACAGCUGGGACGACAUAGUCCAGCGCUACGGUAGCCUCCCGGGCGCCCUCCACGCCAUCGAGCUAGAGAAGGGUAAAGCAGGCCUGGGUCUCAGCCUGGCCGGGAACCGGGACCGCUCCCGUAUGAGCGUUUUUGUGGUGGGCAUCGAUCCCGCGGGGGCCGCCGGGACUGACGGACGCAUGCUGGUCGGGGACGAGCUACUCGAAAUAAACGGGCAAGUCCUUUACGGUCACAGUCAUCAGAAUGCAUCAUCCAUCAUCAAAAGCUCGCCUUCAAAAGUCCAAAUCAUCUUCAUCAGGAACACAGAAGCGCUUGAGCAGAUGGCGGUGGGACCCGUGCGAGAAACAGAAGGAGACGCAGCAGAGCCCCGCGCCGAGGAAGACGUUGGUGAAGAGGCCACAGAAGACAAGUUAACCAUCCGUGAAGGCAGCGCCGCAGCUGUCAAUGGGGACGCAGAGGUCGCCGGUCUACCCCCCGGCAUAGUUUGCACAAGUCAACCCGAAACAGCUUCGAGUUACAGUCGCUCGUCCAGCCCGUCGACGCUGGCCUGCGAUCCCGCCACAUGCCCCAUCAUCCCCGGUUGCGAGACCACCAUUGACAUCUCCAAAGGGCGGACGGGUCUGGGGCUCAGCAUCGUCGGAGGCUGCGAUACGUUACUGGGGGCUAUCAUCAUCCACGAAGUUUACGAAGAAGGUGCCGCCUCCAAGGAUGGCAGGCUUUGGGCUGGAGACCAAAUCUUAGAGGUAAAUGACAUCGACUUGCGCGCGGCGACCCACGACGAGGCCAUCAACGUGCUGCGGCAGACUCCGCAGCGAGUCCGGCUGACCGUCUACAGGGACGAAGCCCAGUACAAGGAGGAGGAUCUGUGGGACUCGUUCGUGGUGGAGCUGCACAAAAGGCCCGGGCAGGGUUUAGGAUUAAGCAUCGUGGGGAGGAGAUCACGGGAUCAAAGGAACGACACAGGAGUGUUUGUGUCCGACAUUAUUAAAGGAGGCUUGGCGGACGCCGACGGCCGCCUGAUGCAGGGUGACCAGAUCCUGUCCGUCAACGGAGAAGACGUCCGUUCCGCCACCCAGGAGUCUGUCGCCGCUCUUCUCAAGUGCUGCGUCGGCUCGCUGAAGAUGGACGUCGGGAGAUUUAAAGCCGGACCCUUCCACUCGCAACGAAGGCUGUCCCAGUCUAGUCAGACGGACAGAGAAUUCUGUCAGACAAGCGAACCGUGCGGUUCCAAAGUGACUAUGGGGAGUCUUUCCGGAGAUGCGAGUCAGCACGGUAAGAAAUCAAGCACCUUCUCUACGUUUGUAGUUCCAGACCUCCAAGACGCAAGGAUGGUGGAGUUCACCAAAGGCCCCGGUGACUCACUGGGUGUCAGCAUUGCAGGCGGAGUGGGUAGCCCCUUGGGCAACAUUCCCAUCUUUAUUGCCAUGAUGAACCCCGUCGGCCUGGCAGCGCAGACCCAACAGCUCAUGGUCGGAGAUCGCAUCAUCAGUAUUUGCGGAGCUUCUACGGAAGGCAUGAGCCAUUCGCAAGCUGUCGCUCUGCUGAAAAAUGCAACAGGGACAAUACAACUCCAAGUAGUCGCCGGUGGAGAUAACACCGUGACCGACGCGGCGCAGGAGCAGGCGGUCGGAGGCCUUCCGCCGCCUAGCUGCAUCUUCCAGGAUGACCUCAGCCCUCCACAGUACAAGAGCAUCACACUGGAAAGAGGACCGGACGGGCUGGGAUUCAGCAUCGUGGGAGGCUACGGCAGCCCCCACGGGGAUCUUCCCAUCUACGUCAAGACGGUUUUCGGCAAGGGCGCGGCGGCGGAGGACGGCCGCCUGAAGCGAGGGGACCAGAUCGUGGCCGUCAACGGGCAGCCGCUGGAAGGCGUCACGCACGAGGAGGCCGUGGGCAUCCUGAAGAGGACCAAAGGAGGCGUUUUGCUCACCGUAUUGUCCUAG